CAAAGAGGCGACGCCCAUCCUUCCGCGAGAAGUCGGCAGCAACGGUGGAAAAGGUUCGUGGGAGGAAUGCUAACGUAGAGAGGCAUGUUGCUCGAAGAGGCCCUCCGAGAAGUAGGCGACUUCGGCCGUUUCCAGUGGCUGCUCAUCGUGUACCUGUGCGUGUUCGUCGCUCCGCUGCGAGUGUUGCCGCUGUUCGGGCACAUCUUCAGUCUACUCGUGCCUCCGCACCGGUGUCGGCUGGACCCCUGGCUUCAGGAGGCCCUCCGGGGUCUGCGCAAUGCGACUGCAGACGAUGCCGACCUGUUGCUGGACCUGGCGCUGCCGCGGGAGCCCGACGGCACGUUCAGCCAGUGUCACAUGUACGACGCCAACUCCACGCUGGCCCUGUGGUUCGACGUCGCCGGGGGCUCGACGAGAGUCGUAAAUGCCUCGGCCAUCACCACCGGUGUGCGCGCUGUCGUGCCGUGUCAGUUUGGAUGGGAGUACGACUUUUCCUACUUCUACCCGAGCGUGGUUUCAGAGAUGAACUGGGUAUGCGAUAAUGCAUGGAAGGCAUACGUGUCUAACACAGCAUUCUGGGUUGCGACAGCCAUCGGCGUUCUCAUCUGCGGUGACGUCAGCGACAGGAUCGGCCGGGUCCCCGUGAUGAUCGGCGUGAACGUGAUGUGCGGUGCUGCGGGCCUGUACACGUACUUCACUACAGGAUUCGUGCACUUCGUGGUGAGCCGCGUAUUCGUCGGUCUGUUCGUGCUCGCCGUGAGCAUCAUGCCCUUCGUGCUCGUGGUGGAGUACGUCGCCCCAGAGCGUCGCAUGAUGGUGCUAAGCGCGUUCCAGUUCUCGUAUCCUCUUGUGGGUGCCGCCUUUCCCUGGAUGGCUUACGCGUUGGCCGACUGGAGGACCCUCACCUUGGUCUGCGCCGUACCACCUUUGGCGGCCCCGUUCUUCUCCUGGUUUGUCCCAGAGUCUCUACGGUGGCUGGUGUCUAGGGGCAAGGAACAGCGUUCUAAGAAGAUCCUGGUCACCAUUGCGAAGAUCAAUGGCAAGAAACUGUCCGAUGACUUCAUGCAGAGAUGCCAGUUUCCUCCUCCAAACGAGUUUCACAAGACAAAAGCAUCGCCCAUAGACAUGCUCAAGACUCCAAACCUUCGGAAAAACUUUGUGCUGUCACUCAUCGUGUGGACCCUCGCCUGUCUGGUGUACACGGCCGGACAACUGUACGCUGCGAACGCGAGUCACAGUCCCUUCGUGAUGACCACGGCUGUAAACUUGGUGGACAUCGUGGCCACUGGCACGGCGCUUCCUCUGGCUGACCGCUGGGGGCGAAGGCCAACAAUGAUGACCGCCUAUGCGGCAGCGGCCGUGGCCUACAUCUGUUCCGUCGGAGUGCCGAAAGAAAGCCUGGCGUUAGGCACCGCGGUGUUCAUGCUGGCACGGGUUGCCUUGACCAUGGCCUACAACGUGGGCUACCUCUACGCGGCCGAGGUUUACCCGACGGCAGCCCGGUCGCAGGCACUGUCCCUACGCCAGGCCUUUGGCUCCGUGGGAAAAUUUCUCAGCUCUCAGGUCACGCAGCUGGCCAUGUACGGACGUCCGAUCCCGCUGCUGCUGAUGGGCGCCAUGUCAUUCGUACUGGCACUGCUGACGUUCCCGAUGCCCGAGACGCUCAACCAGCGGCUUCCCGAGACACUCGAAGACGGCGAGGCGUUCGUGUACGGCCAGAACACGUGCUGCAGCUGCGCACCGCUGAGGAAACAGCAGGAAACCUCGUCGCCGUCCGCCGGAAGGGUGCGCUCGCUGUCGGUCAUUUCAGCUGCGUCCGCAGUCAGUGUCAGUCCCGACUGAACCACACCUGCCACAGCAUCGUUCGAACGAAGCUAUUAUCUAUGCGAAGUCUGUGCAUACAUCUGGGAAUCACAGUGACGUUGCAAGUCAAUAGCAGUGGCUGAAAAAGUGCUGCGUGUUCGUGAGGGCUCACACACCUUGCCUCGGCGCCUUGACUCGAACUCCGGUGAACUUCAGAGUGAACGCUUUCAGUGAUUGAUGCAUGCCCGCUUAACGAAUGACCAUGAUUUUGACGAUUGACGACUAUACGUGCUACGCUUCUCCACCCCGUGCGAACGAUUCUACCAUGAGUGUCUUUCUACAUGUCACGUUUGUGCCCCCAAGGCACAUCUCCAUCACGGCACUGCAAAUGGGGCGUAUACCGUUCUUCUGGCUAGACUAUCACUUUAUCAGCUGUCUUUCCAGUGAUCUUGCUAGAUUGACGCGACAUUAAAUGUUGGACGUCAAAGCAUGCGUGUAACCUGA